AUGUUAAAGAACAUUUGGGCCUCAAAGAACAUCCGAAUUACCACUAAACUGCGGAUCCUCAACUCAAAUGUAAAGUGCGUCCUAUUGUAUGGUGCAGAGACAUGGAGGGUGACUAAAGCUACCCUGCAGAAGAUCCAGACAUUUUAUAACACCGGUCUCAGGCGCAUAUUCCACAUCCGAUGGCCUGAAAGGAUCUCAAAUGAAGAACUAUGGAAAAGAGUAGGACGGGAACCAAUGGACAUACAAAUAAGACAGAGAAAGUGUGGUUGGAUUGGACACACAUUAAGGAAGUCACCAUCCAGCAUCACACGCCAGGCCCUGACGUGGAACCCACAGGGCAAAAGAAAGAGAGGACGUCCUACAAACUCCUGGAGGCGUGACUCAGAGUCGGAGCUAAAGACACAGGAUAUGACCUGGCAUGAUGCAGCUAAGCAGCUCAGAAUUGUGUUCGUUGGAGGACUGUUGUUGAUGGCCUAUGUUCCUCACGGAGCGAAAGGCCUAAGGAUUGAAAUUCCAGACAAUCAAGGAAAAGAAUUUAUCAUAGGAUACAUGGAAGCAAAUGCUUUUGAUGGACAAGUUUCAAAGAAACCAGUUGAUCUGUUUAUAACUACGUCUUCUGCAACACCAGUAGAUGUAGAAAUAUCUACCCCAAAAUAUGGAAACAAUGUCGAGAAAAUAAUUGUCACCCCAGACAAGGUUGAACAUGUACAGCUUCGGAAAGAAUUAAGAUUACAUGGUAAUAUGCGUUGUAAUAACGGGGUGCUUAUCAAGGGAAACAAAGAAAUUAUUGUUUUUGGCUUAAACGUUGCCGAUGCGUCGACAGAUGGUUUCAUGGCACUACCAGUUGAUGUGUUGGGUACAAAGUACUAUGUUCCUGCUUACAGAAAUAACGCCCAUUUUGUGAAUUACUUCAAAACAGCGAUUUUAGUUGUAGGAGUUGAGGAUAAUACAAAUUUAUCCAUCAAGCUUUCAGUAGGAGGAAAUGUGGAGGUAGAGGUGGACGGGAAGAAAUUUCACGACGGUGAUUGGAUAAAUACGACCAUAAACCGAUUUGAAACACUUCACAUCGUAACAAGCGGAGACCUGACGGGUACCUUUAUACUCACCAGUUCUCCAGUGUCCGUUUUUGGGGGAAGCACGGUAACAACUAUCGGUUCCGGACGUUCAAGGGAUCAUGUCGAAGAACACAUACCCCCCGUAAAUGUGUGGGGGAAAACAUUCUUCAUCAAUCCCAUUCCCAACACAGAUGACAAUAUCUUUCGUUUCUUAUCCAGUCAAGACAACACUGAACUCAUGGUGAACAAUAACAAAUACGUUUUACAGAAAUCUGGGUAUUUCCUAGAAACAAGAUUACAAGGGUUCUCCGUUGUAACUUCUAAUAAACCAAUUUUGUCAGUUUUAUAUGUUCCAAGUCCUACAGACCGUAGCAAAUCAGGGGACCCCGCUAUGGCACUGAUUCCACCUAGAGAACAGUUUAACAGUUUUUAUUCCUUCGCGACCCCUGUAUCAUCACGAAAUGCAGAAUUUUCAACAGUUUUCGUUUUUGUUAUAGAGAUAAAGGAUAAAAAUGGAAUCGUUCUUGAUGGUAAACCAGUUUCUAUGUCCCAAAUCAAAGGAUUGGUGCCCCAUGACAGCUUCUCUGCCGGGUAUUUAGAAAUACCUCCUGGAAGUCACACUUUGAAACAUUCUUCAGUUAUAGCCAAAUUUAGUGGAAUAUUAUACGGAGGUGCUAAUAAGGAGUCAUACUGCUUUCCUGUUGGACAACGAUUUGCACAAAUAAAUGAAGUAAGAAUGUAUGUUUUACAUUAG